AUGGGAUGGAGCAGGCCCUGGAAAGGCCCCAGGGGAGGGGAUGGUGGGAAAAGAAGCAGGGGAGGGGGCCCUGGGGAGCUUGCAGCCCCCAGCAGCAGGAGGAGGAGCGCCGGCGCCCCCGAUCCCCUCCCCGCCUUCCUGGCAUGGUGCGGGCGCGCCGGCGUGGAGCUCAGCCCGAAGGUGCGGCUGAGCCGGGAGGGCGCGGUGGCGGGGUACGGCAUGGUGGCCACCGAGGAGCUGGAGGCGGGAGAGGUCUUGGUCACCCUCCCUCGCACGGCGCUGCUCUCCCAGCACACCACCUCCAUCCAGGGGCUCCUGCGGGAAGCCCAGGAGUCCCUGCAGAGCCAGUCCGGUUGGGUGCCGCUCCUGCUGGCCCUGCUACAUGAGUACACAGCCAGCAACUCCCACUGGCAGCCUUAUUUCUCCCUCUGGCAGGACUUCAAGAACCUGGAUCACCCCAUGUUCUGGCCUGAAGAAGAGCGAACAAGGCUCCUGCAGGGCACAGGCAUCCCAGAAGCUGUGGACAAAGACCUGGCUAACAUCCACCUAGAGUACAGCUCCAUCAUCCUGCCUUUCAUGGAGUCCCACCCCAACAUCUUUGACCCCAAGCUGCACACGCUGGAGUUGUACAAGCAGCUGGUGGCAUUUGUCAUGGCCUACAGCUUUCAGGAACCUUUGGAGGAGGAAGAUGAAGAUGAGAAGGGGCCCAAUCCUCCCAUGAUGGUGCCUGUAGCAGAUAUUUUGAAUCACGUGGCCAACCACAACGCCAACCUGGAAUACUCUCCCCAAUGUUUGCGUAUGGUUACAACACGACCCGUCGGCAAAGGACAGGAGAUCUUCAACACCUACGGGCAGAUGGCCAACUGGCAGCUCCUGCACAUGUACGGCUUUGCAGAGCCGUACCCUGGCAACACCAACGACACGGCCGACAUCCAGAUGGUGACAGUACGCAAGGCAGCGCUGCGGCGUGCCAGAAGCGAAGCGGAGCAGCGGCUGGUCUCGGAGCAGUGGGACUUCUUGUGCCAGCUGGAGAUGGUGGGGGAGGAAGGCGCCUUCGUGCUUGGCUGGGAGGAGGUGCUGACAGAAGAAGAGCUGUCCACAACUCUGAAGGUGCUGUGCAUGUCGGAAGAAGAAUUCAAGGAGUGUAAGGAACAAGAUGGCUGGGAGGACGACAGUGAGGAAGAGGAAAACUCCACCCUUUCUAACGAGGCUCUCGCCAGACUUAAAACCCCUUGCAAGAAGCUCCUUUACGACAGCGUGCUGCUGACCCUGGAGUCCUACGGGUCAGACUUGAAAGCAGAGCAGGACUUGCUAAACAACAAGGAGGCUUACGAGAAACUGAGCCGAAGGGAGCAGCAAGCUUUGCACGUGCGCUAUGGACAGAAAAGGAUCUUGCAUCAGCUGCUAGAGCUGGUAGGGUAGAAACCUCACCACUCCUGGGAACGAACUGCCCGGAACUCUGCUUGGGAAGAGGUCAGGUCAGCCU